CCUCACAUGAGCCUCAAUCCAGUUCAGACUCAACACCUGGACAGAAAAUGAAAUCCGAUCAAACUAAUACACCUUCUGAUAAGAAGCCUAAAUCCAGCCUGAAAAUCCCCAAAAUGAACCCAACACCUGGCCCUGGCCAAGAGCCAGAAUCGGAGCGGAGUGAAACAGCUACACUUCAACCUAACGAAACGCCUCUAACUGAGACAGUGAAUGAAUUUGAUGAAAAUUACACACAUGAGCCCAAAUCUGAUCCAGACUCAACACAUGGACAAAAAAUGAAAUCUGAUCAAAUAAAUACACCUCCUGAUCAAAGGUCUGAAUCCAGUAAGAAAAGCCCUAAAAUUUACCAGAAACCUAAACCUGGUCAAGAGCUAGAAUCAGAGAGGAGUGAAACAUCUACAUCCAAACCUAACCAAAACCAAAACCCUGUAACUGUGUCAGUGAAUAAAUCUGACAAAAAUCCUUUACAUAAAUCAAAAUCCAACCAGGACUCAGUACGUGGACAGACACCUGAACCUGAUCGAGAUAAAACACCAUCUGAUCAAAGGCCUAAACUGAGUUGGAACAUCCCUAAAAUUAAUCAAAAACCUAAACCUGGUCAAGCAUUUAAACCAAACCGAAAACCAAAGCCCCCCCCUCGAUACAGACCACAAACCAGACCAACAGUUAAGCCAGGACCAAAACCAGCAGUGCAACCAAAGCUGAGUCAGAUAACAAAAACACAUUCAGAUCCACCUCAAAUCAGCUGGACAGCUUCAAACAGCAUUCAAAACUCUCAAACGGACAUGCCACCUACAUCUGGGCUCAUAAAACAGAUUGCUGAAGUGACUCAUUCCCCAAGGGAAACAGAGUUCAGUGCCAGCAUGAGGAAAAGCAUUACUCUCGGUCCAAAGACCUCCAACAGGCUGGAAACUGGACCCAAUCCUCACAGGCUUACAGAAGACUUCACAUUGAGCCCAAACAGCAGGAUUAUGUCUGAUCUGAGGCCACAAACAACCGGUCAGCCAUCAUCGAUCCAAAUGACAACAAGACCAAACAAAAUCAACCGUGGGAUCCUCCAAAGUGUUAUCACUAGCACAAGUCCAGGAUCCACACAUUCAAGUCUAGUUGCCAAAUCUGAAACCAGAAUGCAGGCUAACAUACUUCAUAAUGUGGAGGAAACCAGGCCUGCAACAUCAGUUCCUUCCCCCAGCUCCCAAACUACCUCCACACUCAGCCCUGACUUUGGGUCAACGACCCCUGUAACCUCUGGGCCCAAGACCCCGGCCGCAGAGCUGUCCACCCCCAGUACACGAGAGCUGCGUGUCAAAAUCAACCAGGUGGCUGCUUUCCUCAACAACAGUCUGAGUCCAAAUGGGAGAACAGCAGACAGGUUUCUAAAAGAGCAGCCCAAGGGCACGCUGGGAGGAAACAGGCCUGACAAGACGGACCUUAAACUGCCAACAUCUGAACCAUCUAAAGUGAGGAGGGACUGCUCAGACCACCUGCUCAGAGGAGAAACAAAAAGCGGAGUUUACCUAGUGACCCCCGACCUCCGCAGCAGAGGCUUCGCGGUGUUCUGUGACAUGAAGCGGGAUGGUGGAGGAUGGACCCUCCUGCAACGCCGACAGGACGGUAGUGUGAGCUUCAACCGCACCUGGGCGGAAUACCAAUCCGGCUUCGGAGAGCUGGACCGAGAGUUCUGGUUGGGAAACAAUAUGAUCCACCUGCUGACCCGCGACAGGGACAUGGUGCUGCGGGUGGAGCUGGAGGAUUUCGAUGGAGUGAAGGAAUAUGCGCAGUAUGCGCAGUUCAGAGUGGCAGGUGAGCGGCUGCGUUACAGACUGACAGUAGGCGGUUACUCGGGCACCGCAGGCGAUGCUUUGCGCUUCAACAAAAUGUACGACCACAACAACAGGGCGUUCACCACUCCGGACAAGGACCACGAUCGCUAUCCAUCCGGGAACUGCGGGGCUUAUUACAGCUCCGGCUGGUGGUUUGACGCCUGCAUGGCAGCGAACCUCAAUGGAAGAUAUUACUUUGGAAAGUACAAAGGAGUCCGGGAUGGGAUCUUCUGGGGCACGUGGCACAACAUAUCAAAAGAGUAUUACCCCACUAAUGACAGACAGUCUUUUAAGACAGUCAGAAUGAUGAUCAGGCCUAAAGACUUUGCACCAUGAGCUGUGACAAUGUUCCAUGUCACGUUGGAAAACAAGCAACAAAGACUUCAAUUCAACUAUAAGACUUUAAUAUACUCGUGACAAGUUUUAAUAAGGCUUAGGCCAUUGUACUCCCCAUUUACUCUGUGUUAUUAGCACAAUGCUGCCGCCUUGUGGUGAUAAAUUCUACAAUAUUAUGUUGUUUACAGGAAGACAAUAACUGAGAAUGUACAUAGUUACAAAGAGUCAAGUCCUGGUUAUAUUAUAUCUUUUUUUUUUAUCGUUAUUGAAAAUAUAUUUUUGUCAAAAGCAGGGGAAUUUGUGACAAGCUAUUUUUCUAGCUAUCACUGAAUGGAUCUGACGGGUAGCCUAUAUAGAAAGAAUUUUUAUUUUAACUACAAGGCCAGUUGAUGGUUGGCUCAAUGUUUUUUUUUUAUAUGUUUUAUAAUAAAGUUUGUUUGAUGAAGAUAACUUAAAUAAAUGUAGCCU